UUAAUUUGCAACAGACAAAAGUAUGAAGCUACACUUUGGAACGGCAAAUAUUUACCUCAGGAUCUCACUCAUUUGGAAUAAUAACAUUGCAACUUGAUUUGCACGGGAGUCAGAAAAGUAAGAGAGAAGCUGUCCCGUUGGUAAGAUUUGCAAAACUAAAUUCAUUUUAAAAGGAUAUAAUGGAAGGGAGGUCAAUUGAAAGUGGUCACUAGUUAAUUCACUGCUGUAUUUUAAACACUGAGGGUUUGUGUGUGUUUUCCGGCAGUUCAAAAUGUAUCUCCUACUUUUGAAUGCCUUACUACACUUAAGGGGCAAUGUGAAUAGCUCCACAGGGAUUCUCCUCUGUAUUUUUGAACUUUUUUGUUGUUCCAAAAGUAAUCCCUAUAAGAAGAUGCAUCUGCAGUGGUGGCAUUUCAUUGGUAAAUCCUUAAAAUGUUUGGGAUUAAUGCCUUACAUUACAAGCAACUAUGGAACUGCACCAUUUGCUUGGAAUAGCUGUACCAAAAAUAGGAAGCUGCUAUAUACCAGGUUAGGCAAUUUGUCCACCUAGCCCAGUACUGUCUACUUUGGCAGCAGCUCUCCAGGGUCUCAGGCGAUGCUUUCUUAAUGCUUGCCAUGUGACUCUUAAAAAAAUUCUCAGACUGCUAUCCCUAAGCCUGUGUCAUUUACAUUCAAGCUAAGCAAUAUUUAAAACCAAGCUCUUUUCUUAUUCUGCAUUCACACAUCUCCUUCUUCCUCUGGGAGCCUUGAAGGAGGGAGACCCUGCUUUCUAACCCACAUUAUUUUGAAUGUGACUCUAAAACAGUUUGUGUAUAUUCCAAAGCCCACUCCUAGAACACCCCAUUUUUAAUUUUUCAUCUAAUCAGAAUGUCAUUGUUAUACCUAUUUGGGAAUGACACUGCAGGGGUCUUUCCAUUCGCAUUCACAUUGUUCAGCCUCAAACUAAGAUUUAAAAACUUAGUCACUAAGUAUUUAAGAGGAGAAUUAAACUUGGCAAGUGGCUUGGGUGGCUGCAAGGAUAAAAUGGGGAGCGGGGAGCCUAUUUAAUCUUAGGCUGUGUACAUACCAUACACAGUUUGUUAAAUGUGCUGGGAAUUGUAGCUCUGUGGUGGGUAAACUACAGUUCCCAGGAUUCUUGGGUUGGGAAUGUGCUGUAAAUUUAUAAUGUGAAUGCUGCCUUAGAGGAGCCUUUUCCGAAUUUGGAUGCCUCCAACUUCCAUCAUUCCCAGUUAGCAUGGCCAAUGGGCAAGGCUGGUGGGAGCUGGAGUCCACCAAUAUCUGGGAACCCCAGGUUAAGGAAGCCAAUCUUGGAGAAAAGAUUAGAUAUGAGUAUGAUGCAUGGGAUAAAUAUACCCUCCAACAUUUCUCUGAUGAAAAUAGGGAUGUCCUAUUCAGUUGUUGUUGUUGUUGUUGUUGUUGUUGUUAUACCCUGCCCAUCUGACUGAACUGACCCAGGCACUUUGAGCAGUUUCCAAUGUACGUAUAUAAAAACAUAAUAAAACAUUAAACAUUCCAAACCUCACUCUACAGGACAGCCUUCAGAUGUCUUCUAAAGAUUAUAUACAUUAGUUAUUAAUCUCCUUGGCUCAGGCAUUGCAUAACUCCAUACCCUCCAAUGUUUCUCUGAUGAAAAUAGGGGUGUCCUAAGGAAAAGCGGGACAUUCUGGGAUCAAAAAUUCUGGGACUGCAAAAAUAAAGCAUCUUCAUCCAUUUCUCUAACCUAUUUUCACUUUAUUCACCAGAAAGAAGUUCAUUGCUGUACUCCAACAUGAAAUCUGCCUUUUUUCUUGUCUUACUUGAACUGUGGGCUGGCAUGUGCUUAUCAAAUGAAACAGCUGGUGCUUCAGGGGUGGAGACAGAGCAGAGUAUCAUCCUGAACCUCUGGCCUUUCAAUGACACUGAUAAACUAUCCCUAUAUAAUACUGUGCCAGAUCCGUCUGGGGAAGAGUUUGUGCCGGAGUCCUCCAUGCGCAACUUCACAGAAAAGAACACCAAUUUUGGAUUCAAUCUCUACAGAAAAAUAGCACUGAAGCAUGACAACAAUGUGUUCUUUUCCCCAGUGUCCUUGUCCUUCGCUUUGGCAGCCUUCUUGCUGGCUUCUGAAGGGAAGACACACCACCAAAUGCUUGAGGCUCUAAACCUCCACCUUCUGGAUGACAAAGAGAACCGGCUGCCAUCUUUGUUCCAGCAGCUAAGUGUCAGCCUCGCCAAGAACAAGGAGUUCACUCUUUUGCAGGACAGCUUCUCUUUCGUCCAGAAAGGCUUCCAGAUCAAGGACGUCUUCCGCAACUUGUCCAAGCGAUACUUCGAUAUGGAGUUUCUGACGGUUGAUUUCCGCAACUCUACUCAUGCCAAGAACUCCAUCAACCAACAUGUGAAACAAAAGACUAGAGGGAAAAUCCCUAGCUUGUUCGAUGAAGUCGAUCACCAGGCUAGAAUCAUCCUGGUGAACUGCAUUCUCUUUAAAGGUAAUGAUUAUUGUGAUCAUAGAUAUCUUUGCUGUUUUUUGUUUCGUUUCUUAAGAGAGGUGAACAAAGCUGUGGUUAACAGCUAGGUUUAUGGAAGAGUCUUUCUGCCUGCCAAUCUACAUUACCAGCAAGACCAGACCCUCCAAGUGUGUGCCUAUUUUCCAGGGACUGUCCCGAAUUUACAGAAGCCAUCCUGGUGAUCCCACAAUGUCCUGCUUUUCCUUAGGACACACCUAUUUUCAUCGGAGAAAUGUUGGAGGGUAUGGAAUAGGAUGUGCCCAGGGCUUUUUUUCAGCUGGAACUCACCAGAACUCAGUUCCGGCCCCUCUUAGGUGGGCACCAUUGCCAUUCUAAGAGAAUGAGGGAGGUGUUCAUGGUGAGUUCCAGCCCUUCCUUUUCUAGAAAAAUAGCACUCAACAUUUGUACUUUCACUGGAGAAAUGCUGGAGGGCAUGCAAGUCUUAUCACCACAUUAAUUCCUUUUCUCUCAUUUCUCUUGUUCCUUUAUUGGCACCUGAAGGGUCAACUGCUUCUCGUUAAGGGGUUCUAGGGACCAGCUGCCCAUCCCUAGACUAGGGCUAUUCCAGAGAAAUCUAGGUAUCUGAAGCUAGCAUUGUUGCCAUAAUUGCCCCCAAAAGCAGUACAGUCAUACCUCGGGUUAAAUAUGCUUCAGGUUGAGCGCUUUCGGGUUGCACUCCACGGCGACUCGGAAGUAGCAGAACGCGUUACUUCCGGAAUUUGCCGCUCGCGCAUGCGCAGACGGUCAAAAUGACUUCACGUGCAUGCGCGGAAGCGGCGAAUCGUGACCCGCGCAGGCGUGGGUUACAUUCGCUUCAGGAUGCUAACGGGAUCCGGAACGGAUCCCUUUAGUAUCCAGAGGUACCACUGUAACCAAAUCUAUAAAACAGGAGUGACCAGUCACCUCUCACCAAUGUAGUGUAGCUAUGUGAACCUUCGAACCACACUCAGGGUGAAGUCGUGUUCUGCUUGCAGUCUGCCCCUGACCUCCAUGCAGAAGGUGGAAGUUGUAAAAGGAGCUCUCUCCUCCCACGUAUUCAAUGACUUUCAGGAAGUGAAAAUAGGAUUCUUAAAACGUGUACAUGUCCAUUGCAGCUCUCCCUGCAGUUUUCAAUGUAGGAGCUGGUCCUCUCAUAAGAACAUAACAUAAAAAUACAAGAAGAGCCCUGCAGGAUCAGGCCCAUGGCCCAUCUAAAUGCAGCAUUCUGGUCUCACAGUGGCCAGAGGCCAAUGGGAAGCCUGCAAGCAGGAUGUGAGUGCAACAGCAGAUGCAAUUCCCUGCAAGUGGUAUUCACAGGCAUACAGUGAAGGCAGAAUAUAGCCAUCAAGACUGGUAGCUAUUAAUAGCCGUAUCCUACAUGAAUGUCUCUAAUCCUCUUUUAAAGCCAUACAAGUUGGCGGCUGUCACUGUCUCUUGUGGGAGUGAAUUCAAAGUUUAAAGAUGUGCUGCUUGAAGAUACUAAGGAGUUUUCUCCCACAAGAUCAAGUGGGGGCCAUGAACUUACAUGUCUUUCAGAGAGGAAACCAGUGGGUCUGGCACUGUGUUUUGUUAGGAACAUAAAAAAAAAAGUCCUCUUGAGUCAUUCCAAAGGCUCGUCUAGUUCAGCAUCCAGUGACCAGCCAGGUACCAAUAUCACUCUUCUCAAUUGUGAUUCCCAGCAAUUGUCAUUCUGAAGUGCAGUGGCUCCAACCAUGAGGUAGAACAUCGCCAUCAUGCCUUGUAGCCAUUGAGAGCCUUUCUCCUCCAUGAAUUUGUCCUAAUCCUCUUUCAAAGUCAUCCAGGUUGGUGGUCAUCAGCACAUCUCUUGGGCUGUCAUAUAGAUGCGGACCCACGUGGGUCCUCUUUGCUAUUGCAGAAUUUCGCACAUUGGCAAAAAUCAAGGCCAUCUGCGUCUUCCCUCAAUUUCUGUCGACCCUUUUAAUAAGUGGAGAAAAAGACUGCAAGGAAUGUUUCCAGCCACUGGGUGUUGCUUGUCAGGAAUAUUUUCAAAGGGCUCCAUGGCAACCAAAAAGACACUGCAAUUAAAUAUCCCCCUAAUUUCUCUCUUCUAUAUUUUUAGCUCCUGUUCUGAUUUUUCACUCCUUCACUAAUUGUUGAGUUGCGAUAAAGUGUGCUGAUGAGAGAAAAAGAAGAUAGAGCUAUCUUGAGUGCAGGGAGGCUACAGAAGCUCCAUUGGCUUCGGUGGGCUUUAAGCAACCUACAAGUAUGCAGGAUGGCACCCCUUCUGUGAUUGAAAGGGCAAGCCUGGGAGGUCUAAAAGGUGACUCAUAGAGAAGAAGAGAAAUUAUGUGGAGUGGGGAGAAAAAGAUGUCAUAGAAUCAUAGAAUCGGAAGGGACCCUGUGGAUACCCAGUCCAACCAAUAUGCAGUUGUCCCUUCUGGGGAUCAAACCUACAACUUAUCAGCACCAUGCUCUAAUCAACUGAGCUAUCUAGCCAACUGUUCAGGGUGGGGACAAACAAGAGACUUUUGAAGGUGUUAUGAUAACCCAAAAGCCACAUUUCCUUCUGGGCAAUUUUCCAGGCAGGACCAGAGGCAAAAGUGGGAACAGCAAUGAAUGUAAACCGUAUUUUUGUACAAUAAGCUAGUUCCUGCACAUGCACACACAAACCCCAUCUCCAUACUCCCCAUAUAGAAGCCUGAGGCAUCAUCACACUUCAAGCACACCUUUCAUCACGACAAAAAUAUGUAUGAAGUAUGGCCAACGGAGGCAUGGCUUGGGAAGGAGCUGCCUUUGAGGGCUAUACACCAGGAACUGUAUUAGAAAAGCAGUGAUCAACCAUGCCAAAGUUACAUGCUUUGAAAUCCCAUUCAUUUCAGCGGAAGGGUUAAGCACAUGCUGAAAUGGCAAUCAAUGGGGACUUGGCUUUGUCCGGAUUGUCCCUGAAGUUUCCUGCAGCUGAUGUGGAUUAUGUCAGCAUUAUAGAAUAAAUGGUUGUUUUUCUGUGUCUAUUCUCAGGCAACUGGCUACACCCGUUUCCUCCCAAGCACACAGAACUGGCCACCUUCUAUAUUGACAAUUACAGGAGUGUCCAAGUGCCGAUGAUGUCCAAGACAGAGAGGGUUGCCAUCACGUACGAUAAGAGCUUGAGCUGUGUCGUGCUGAAGCUGCCAUACAAAGGGAGCGCACACAUGCUGGUCGUCAUACCUGAGAAGGGUGCUGAUUUUAUGUCCAUUGAAGACCAUUUAACAAAUGAGCUGGUGGAAUCUUGGCUUACGACCAUGAAUAGCAGGUACAGGAAAUGUUGUGCUUUUUGUUGCUAAGAUGCUAGAUUGAUGCAAGCUAGAAUAUUCAAAGGAGAAGGAAGGAAAGAGGGCAGUGUAGCUGAAUAAGGAAGGAAAGGGGUUUAACUAUGAUGGAUCCCUGGAGCUUGUCACCUUUUCCACAAAGACAAGUUCUUUGCUUUCACUUCUUCUGGGAAAUGAUAAAGCGCUGGUCCACAAACACACACACACACACACACACACACACACACAAUAUUAAACAUUAUAUAUAUAUAUAUAUAUAUAUAUAUAUAUAUAUAUAUAUAUAUCCUGUAUCUAAGCCCAAACUUCCUACAGUAUGUAGAGAUGAUGGGAACCAUAGAAGUUACAUUUCCCAUGGCUCCCGGCAUCACAAAUGAACAUUUUAUAAUGAAAUGAUUUUAGAAUGUUGUAUUAUUUUACUGUUGUUAGCCACUCUGAGCCCGGCUUCAGCUGGGGAGGGUGGUAUAUAAAUAAAAUAAUAUUAUUAUUAUUAUUAUUAUUAUUAUUAUUAUUAUUAUUAUUAUUAUUAUUAUAGUACGAACAAAUGAACUACAUUAAGGGAUUUUAUAUGUUUGUCAAAGUCAACAUUCUAUGAAUGACAUAGUUGACUCCCCUACACAGGGGUUACAUUCUGGGGAUAGUGCAUAAAGCCAAAAUCAUGUAUAGUCAAAACACUCUUCCUGCGCCUCUGAACACCCUCCCAAGGCCACCAAACACUCUCCUUAUACCUCCAAAUGCUCUCCCAAGUUGAGUGCAAUGGUGGAGGGGAGGAUUGCCGAUAUCCCCCCCCCGCCCAUCCUCUUUUUUUUUUUAUUCACUCAAGUUAAAUGUGCAUAAGUUGCGAGUCAACUGCAUCAGUGGAUAUACCAAGUCUUUUAGAUGAUAUAUUAUACACAUUAAAUGGUGAAUGUGCAGUCUCCAAGAGAAGAAUAUGCACACUGACCAAGCAACACUCAUUGCUUUCCAUAUUCCCUGAGUUCAUUCAGAGAAUAUGCAGACUGAGAGGGCAAUAAACAAAAUCCCCUGCUUGUAGAGCUGCCAUACGUCUGGAUUUCCAUGGACACAGCCAGGAAACGGGCUUGAAAAUGGAGUCCAGGGAGGAUUUUUGUGAAUCGGCAAAAUGUCUGGGAAAACCCGGAUGUAGGGCAAGUAGGGUUUUAUUUUUUAAAAAAAAUUCAACAAACCCAGAAAAGCCCAUUAAAAGCUCAACAACUUUUUUUGGGGGGGGGGGGGGACCACACACAACUGAACAACUUUGACUCCCCCACACCUCACCCCCGCAAAUGAAAGCUCAGCAACUUUUGUCCAGAUUUUUACUUUUGGGAAUAUGGCAACCGUACCUGUUUGUCAAUGUUCAUUUAUGCCCAUUCUUCAUAGCUGUCCAGUCAAUGUGCACAAUGAGACGUUUUUAUGCACAAUCUCCAUUCAACUUACAUUCAUCACCAAAUAUUGUUUAUUUGCAUUACAGGAAAAUGGACAUUUACUUUCCAAAAUUCAAGCUAGACCAGAAAUACCACAUGCAUCAAUUACUUCAAGAUCUGGGAAUUAAAGAUCUUUUCUCCAAUGAAGCAGACCUCAGCCACCUCACAAAUGAGAGAGAUGUAAAAGUAUCCCAGGUAAGUGUGACCACUUUUCCUGCAGAAGUGCAUGCUACCCCAUUUCACAAGGCACAACAGCCCCUACAUUGAGAUCCAGGCAUAUUGCUGGGUACCAUUUGUUCAGUAUCUGUGUGCUGGGAAGAAGAUUGGCAUUGCCAGAUUAGACAACGCUGAUCACCCAUUUGGAGGCAGGAAAAGAGGAAGGAAACUAGGAUCUUAAAGCGAUCAAGUGAUGGUGCUUAGGUUGCUUUGGUUGUGUGCACGUAUCUCUGACCUACCCAAUAACUUGCAGACUCCUGUGCUGGAUUUGAGGUGUUUUCACUUUUGCAGGACCCAAUCCCAAAGAGUCAUCUGUGUGCAGAACCUUGUUGCAGUUGUGUGGAUAACCACCUUUGCUGGAAUGGGACGACAUGACUGCAAUUAACAUAAAAGUUUUUGUUAUAUUAAUUGCAGUGGUGGAGCAGCCUUGAGAGACCGAGAGAGGGUGCAGUUUAAGCAGAAGAUUGGUACUUUCUCUCUUUGCCAUGGUGCUAGCAAAAAUCACCUUUCUGAACUUGCUAUCUCAGCCUUUGCCAACCUGAUGCCCUCUAGAUGUUCUGUGGUCCAACCCCCCAAACUUGAGGGAAGCACGUUGGCAACGGUUGUGCUAUUUGAAGUUGCUUCAACAAAGUCUUGUUCUCAUAUAAAUCUCUAAUGACCCCCCUGAGGGGUACCCAGCAUAGCGCCCUCCAGAUAUUGGACUACAACUCCCAUCAGCUCCAGUUAACAUGACCAAUGGAGAUCAGUGUUGCAUGAAAUGCAGGCUGCUUUACUAUGAAACCUCAUCCAUUUCCAACGUUCUCAGGUUCUCCAAAGAGCAGCUAUUGAAGUGGAUGAGUGGGGAACCGAAGCUGUAGCUGCCACUGGGUCAGAAAUCAUGGCAUACUCGCUGCCGCCAGUCAUCCGUGUGAACCGGCCAUUCCUUUUUAUGAUCUAUGAAGCGAGCAUAAAUGCAUUGGUGUUCCUUGGCAGAGUUAUCGACCCUACAGAGCUGUGAAUAAAAGCCACACAUUUCUAUUUGCUCCA